CCAUAUCCAAAUCUCCUCCAUGCAUCCUCCUCCUCAUACUUUCUCCCCAUUCUUGCAUCGUUCAUUUAAUAAAUGAUCGUGUCGAAAAAACCCACAUUCAUUUUUCAGAAGAAGAUCAAAUAAUUAGUGGUCAAAACUAGGAGGAGAUCGAGCGGAGCUGAGUUGUGUAGCCAUGGCUCAAGCAAUGUUGGUGAUGCCGAGUGCGUCCGGGCACUCGGUCGAUGUCAAGAGAGACGGUCUUCUUCGGUUCCAGAUCCAACGGCUGCGGCCCAAGUCUUCCUUUCCUAGUCUACUUGGGCUCAACCCGCUCCUAACUCCUGCCUCGCUCGAUUCUCGCCGUCCCGUGUCGUCUCCUGCCGUCGCUCUGUUCAAGUCGAAGACCAAAGCCCCUCCCAAGAAGGUGGCAAAGGAGCCGCCCAAACCAAAGGUAGAAGAUGGGAUAUUCGGUACUUCCGGCGGCAUCGGCUUCACCAAGGAGAAUGAGCUCUUCGUCGGUCGGGUCGCCAUGCUCGGUUUUGCUGCGUCUUUACUGGGAGAGGGGAUUACCGGGAAGGGUAUCCUCGCGCAGCUGAACCUCGAGACGGGAAUCCCAAUCUACGAGGCUGAGCCACUCCUCCUCUUCUUCAUCCUCUUCACGCUGCUCGGAGCCAUCGGAGCCCUUGGCGAUCGGGGCAAGUUCGUGGAUGACCCUGCCACUGGCAUUGAGGGGGCUGUGAUUCCCCCAGGCAAGAGCUUCAGGGCUGCCGUCGGCCUCAAGGAAGGAGGUCCUCUGUUCGGGUUCACCAAGGCGAAUGAACUCUUUGUGGGAAGGUUGGCUCAGCUUGGUUUCGCUUUCUCAUUGAUCGGAGAAAUCAUCACCGGUAAGGGAGCGCUUGCCCAGCUCAACGUCGAGACAGGCGUCCCCAUCAAUGAGAUCGAACCGCUUGUGCUCUUCAAUGUCCUCUUCUUCUUCAUUGCAGCAAUAAAUCCCGGGACUGGGAAAUUUGUCACAGAUGAGGAUCAGGAAAACUAGACAAACAAAUGCAUUUGAUUCCCUUCUGGUUACUCUAAACCUCUUCGUUAUUGUAAUCAUGAUGCGAGAAAAAUGUAGUCACAUUCUGCAUUAAUUCUGCAGUCCUAAUUUAGUCGAGCAGAGCUCAGCGGUUCAGUUUCUCUUA